CGUGGGUGCGGUCCAAGGUCUAACGCAAGGCGACGACUCCGGCUUCAAGUACGCCAUGUGAGGGCACUUCAGAGGCAAAAAGAGUGAGGCCCCUACACGCUCGUCAGCGAGCAACUAGCAAGCCAAGACGCAGCCUGCCUGGUGGCCCUUCUUGGGAAUGUUAAUACGUGGAAUUGUCUGGUACAUCUCAUCCUUCCCACCCUCCAAUCCUAGAGUCUAGACCCUGCCCAGACCGAAUCAGCAGCACCACACUGACUGUGGUGGCUUAAAUUAAAUUAAAUUGGAAAAUUAUAGCCAUGCCUAUUCAGACCGUUAUUCUAAUUUGUAACCCUACUCUUUACCUCAAUUCCUCCUUUGUCCCCACUCCCAUUUCAAAGCUCUACGGUACCCCGCCUCCACCUCCACUUCCCCAGCGUCCUUCUCGCUUUCGAACUUGCUUCUCUGCUCUCUCAGACAUGGAUUCCACUGGCGGUCAAAGUCUCUACCCGUUGCAUCGUUGCAAGACUCUUCACCUGGUAAGGCAUGCCCAAGGGGUUCACAACGUGGAAGGGGAGAAAAACGAUGAUGCAUACUUAUCUUAUGAUCUUUUUGAUGCACAACUAACUCCUCUUGGCUGGAAGCAGGUUCAUAAUCUGCGUAAGCAUGUUCAAGCAUGUGGGAUUUCCAAAAGCAUUGACCUAGUCAUUGUUUCCCCAUUGUUAAGGACCAUGCAAACAGCAGUUGGAGCCUUUGGUGGUGAAGCAUACACAGAUGGGGUAAAUGUACCUCCUCUAAUGGUUGCAAAUACAGGGAACAGUGGCCAUCCUGCAAUUUCAAGUCUAAAUUGCCCACCGUUUGUAGCAGUAGAGCUUUGCCGUGAACAUUUGGGAGUUCAUCCAUGUGAUAAGAGGCGAAGUAUUAGGGAAUAUCGCCCACUUUUUCCUGCUAUUGAUUUUUCCCUGGUAGAAAAUGAUGAUGACAUUUUGUGGAAGCCUGACAUUAGAGAGACGAAUGAGGAAGUUGCUGAUAGGGGACAUAAGUUUUUGAAAUGGUUGUGGACACGUGAAGAGAAGGAGAUUGCAAUUGUCACCCACAGUGGAUUCUUGUUUCAUACCCUAAGCGCUUUUGGAAAUGAUCCAGUUGUUAAGAGUGAAAUAUGCACACAUUUUGCCAAUUGUGAGCUCCGUUCAAUGGUCUUCAUAGAUAGGAGUAUGGUGGGAUCAGCUUCCUCGACGACUAACUAUCCUGGAAAAAUACCUCAUGGACUUGAUCUUCCCAGUGAUCUUGCCACUGAGAAGCUUCCAGAGAAUGGACUUGCAAACUAACUAUAGCGUAUAAUAACAAUAACCGAGAAGGAACAGACACAAUACGUGUGAUUUAUGAUUCAAGUAUUUGUUGAGGCACUUCCAUAGUUAAUAUAUUUCUACAGAAGACGAGGCAUCCAUUUUUAGCAAGUUCGAUGGCUCUGUUGGAUGAUUUCAUGAUUCUUUUUUCUUGGAAUAGGUAGAUCUAAAGCCUAUACCAGAGUUGUCAUGCCGAUUCUUUUUCAGAUGAAGAUGUGAACACAUUGGGUUUAUUAUACUUUAUUUAGCUUUCUAUGGGGGCCAUGGAAGAUUGAUGUUUUUUACUUUGGAACGUGAACAUACGGUGAGGUUUCUGUUUCAAUAUCAUUUAUUUGUUAUGUAGUCUUUUAUCGUUAAA